UUAAUCGCCGAAUAUUUUUAGUCGUCCAUUUCGUGCGCGCAUUUAAUUAAAUGUAAUCGUUUUCCGUAGGUUCGACUGGUACUUUCGCUCGGCCAUGAAAUUCUUAAUUUUUCUCUUGGUAAUUGUCGCCGUCGUUUCUGCCAGAGCGGAAACCGAAUGCGAAAAACAUAGAAAGAGAGAACAAGAGCACGACGCUAUAGGAUUAGUCAUCCCGGAAUGUGACGAAAAUGGCGAUUACAAAGGACUCCAGUGUCACAAGGACCAUACGUUUUGUCAAUGUUGGGAUAAAAAGGGCCACGCUCUGACCGCGCCCUCCAGGGAUAUCAAAGCCUGCGAAUGCCCGAGAGCCAAAGCCAAGGCGGAAAGGAACGCUUGGAGUGGCGAUUAUAUACCGCAAUGCCGAAAGGACGGUACCUACGAAAGAAAGCAAUGUUGGGAAUGGAAGAAAACAUGUUGGUGCGUGGAUAAGGACGGAAAAGAGCUAACCGAAAAAACUAAGGAAGACGUAACUUGCCAAGAAUAACGUCCGUUACCGUAGACAUUUAUUCAUUUACGGAGUAAAGAAUAAAAGUAUUACGUAAUUGUA